AUGCACUGCACGUCUCGUAAUGGCGCCGUAUUCACGGAUAUUCCGCCUCUCAAAGCCCAGCGCGACGCCUUCCUAGCCUCGAUUCUAGCGCAGAACAUGAAGAAAUACGCAACCAACAAGAAACGCAGCUGCCCAUUUGCAGCUCCAGCCAAAAGGCAGUGUCCUCGUCCGGACGACGACAUCAAGUCGUUGCAACAGGACGUGGAGGAACUGGAGGCGAGACUCGCGGCCGCCAGGAGGCGGAAGAGUCCGCAACUAAAGAAACAGGUCGAUGCUGAACGUCUGCGAGCCAUGCUACAGGCCUGUCACACGCAGGCGCAACAGGACGCGAACGUCAACUUUGGCUUCCACCCGGCCAUGCCCAGCUGCAGUCAGCUCGAAUACGAGCCCACGGUGGAUGCUCCGGUCUUUAAGCAAAUGGAACAAAGCGUCGCGGACCAAUACAGCCAACUAGCUGAGGUUUUCAAUGACGCUGGACUCCAUGACAACAGGACAGACUUCUACGACGCUCGUGUGGUUACAGGCGCAAAGCAGGGCACAUUUGUGCGAUUCACGACAGCUAAAGUUGCCCCAUUCGCACUCGACGCUAUCAAUGGCGCCAUGUGGGACGGAGCUAAAAAGAAUUCCGUGCUGAAUAUGGGACCUGGCUUUGCUAUUGAAGGCGAUGACAGCGACGUCAUGUUCCUGAAAAGAGAGUGCAUGUUGCAAGGUGAAUCGAGCAGCAUCCCUGUGCUCCUCCGCGGGGUGUGUCGUCGCUUCGUGGAGCCCCACCGCGUCGUUGUGGUGUGGGAGGGCACUGGGGAUUGGCCCAAGGACUACCUACGCAAUCACCCGAGCAGCGUCCCGAUUCGGGAGCGUGGCUACUGUACUUGUGUCUGCAUGACGCCUGGUCUGUCGGCAGGUGUCGACAUGGACCAACCCGAGUGUCUGCAAAUGCUGUCCGACGUCGUGAUCCCGUCGUACCGCAAGAUUCUAGAUGCACGUGAGCAGAUGCUCGAGAACGCCAUCCUCGACGAGAUGAUUCACUCCAAGAUGCGUGGCUCCAGCUCGAGGAUAUAA